AAAAAAGGAGGGGAAAAAAAAAAGAAAGAAAAGGAGAAAGAAAGAAAAGGAAAGCGCUCGCCUGCUCUCUAGAAUAACAAAAUACCUGAUCGUAACAAAAUAACAUCCUCCAGACCAAAUCAAGCAGGGACUUGACAUACCAAAAAGGCAAAGCGAGGAGAGCGAGCCAGGGCGCGGGGAAGGCGAGCCAGAGCCGCGAUCGCUGCCAGGGCCGGACAGCAGCAUGGCAAGCGCCGGGGCACACACGGAUGAGCGCUGCCGGCAGCCUGCCUUCCUCCCCGGCCCGCCGCCGACAGAAGUUGAGAGCGGCAGCGGCAGCGCCAAGGUGCAAAGGAUGUGUGCAGCCAGGCAGAUGCUGCUGCUGCUGCUGGCCUUCCUGGCCUACGCGCUGGAUUCGGCUGCGGCAUAUGGCACGGCGGAGACCCUCUGCGGUGGAGAGCUGGUGGACACGCUGCAGUUCGUCUGCGGGGACAGAGGCUUCUACUUCAGUAGACCAGUGGGACGAAAUAACAGGAGGAUCAACCGCGGCAUCGUGGAGGAGUGCUGCUUUCGGAGCUGCGACCUGGCUCUGCUGGAAACCUACUGCGCCAAGUCCGUCAAAUCAGAGCGUGACCUCUCCGCCACCUCCCUCGCGGGCCUCCCAGCCCUCAACAAGGAGAGCUUCCAGAAGCCAUCUCACGCCAAGUACUCCAAGUACAACGUGUGGCAGAAGAAGAGCUCGCAGCGGCUGCAGCGGGAGGUGCCUGGCAUCCUGCGCGCCCGCCGGUACCGGUGGCAGGCGGAGGGGCUGCAAGCAGCCGAGGAAGCCAGGGCGAUGCAUCGUCCCCUCAUUUCCUUGCCCAGCCAGCGGCCCCCGGCGCCGCGGGCAUCCCCUGAAGCGACCGGCCCCCAGGAAUGAACUGUGACCGGCCAGCUCGAUUUGUGAUCUCCUGGGGAGAGACUGGCGAGACUCGGCCCCCCUGAGCCCCUCCGUCCCCGAGCCAAGGAGCGGGGCGGCAGGCACCAUCACGCCGCUCCGGCCCCAACCAAACAACUGACACAAGCAAGGAGGGGAUGGCAGCGGCCGUGUGCAGCGUCCUCCUUUUGGGGUGGGGGGGAGGGUUGUUUCGUUUCCCAGGCCUGUUUUGUUUCCCUCGCGCACCCAGUAUUUUUCAAGCCUUGUACUUACGAAGGGACAGUCGGGCACUUGAACUUCUUGCUGCUGGGCACUGUGUGACAUCCCCAGUGCCAACACUAGAAGACAAAAGAAAGAGCAAGAGGGAAAAAGGAUAUGAAGUUAACUUUUAAGUUUUUUUUUUCUCAAGAAGAAGAGUCCAUUCCAUGUCUUUCUUGACAAUAAAGUGAAAAGCAAAAACAAAUGGGGAGAAAUGUUGAGGGAUGUAACUUUUUUGCCUCAUUCCCACCCAACUUUUUUUUCUUUCUUUUUCAUUGGUAACUUUUCUUAUUUUUAUAACUUUUUUUUGCACCUUUAAAAAGAAAAUGUAACUGAGACGAAGUUCUGAGGAGACCCAUCUGCAUUUUUUAUGUGUGUGCUUAAUUACAAGAUUCCAAAUCGACUUGCACCUUUUUGAAACCAUCUCUGACGGGAGAAAGAGAGGAAGAGGAGAGAGAGAAAGAGAGAGAAGAAAAAGGAAAGGGGAAAAAAAAAAGAAAAAAGUGAGCUGAUGCUCACUUUAAAUGGAGGAGGCGUCUGCAUUGCACAUUUGCCACGGAUUUAGUUGAUUUAUAUAUAUAAUAUAUUAUAUAACUUUUUUGGCAAAAAAGCACUAUUUUUAUGGGACAUUUUGUGUAGUAUCUGAAGAGGGAUUGUAAUGUUUAAAAUGUGUUAUGGUGCUAAAGUAAGUUGGAAGGGAAAAAACCCAGAAAUAGCAAGGGAGGGUGGGGAGGGAAGGACAAGAUAGCGAAUACUGAACUUGAAAUCUUAGCUUUUCGUUUUAGGAAAAGUGUGAUAAAUGUGUUUCUUUUCUCUUCUGAAAUAUAGCUUGGUCAUGACCAUAUGAGCUAGUUGGCUGUCACUCAUGUACACAGAUGCAUGCACACACCGAAAUACAUCUACAUGCAUUCUUUUUUUUUUCUUUUUUUUUUUUAAGAAAAAAAACACAACAAUUUAGACUAAAAGGGAACUGUUCUAGAGACAAACUGUUCUGAAUGGUGAAGGUAUUGCCAGUUACAACUCCAGGCCCUGCUUCUGCGUGGACCCUGUUGGAGAUCAGCUUCUCCAUCCUCUCAACCCUGAUGACUUGCUCGCUGUGCGGAAGUGCCAGCCCCGUGUCCCUCUGUCUCUUUUUCCUUCUCUUGCCCCUUGCGUCCUUGUUGCAGAACCCCCUGCCCUCCUCCCCUUGCCCCAUACCCAGGGCUGUGGAGGAUGGCCCUUGGGAAUGAUGGGGACCCUCCCCACCACGGGGCAAGUGUCCCCCCUGGCAUAGUGGCCUCCACCAAUGUGAUGGCCUCAGUCAGCAUAGUGGAUGGCCUCUGUCAACAUGGUGGCCUCAACCAAUGUGAUGGCCUCGGUCACCAUGAUGGAUGGCCUCCGUCAACAUGGAUGGCCAUCAUCAACAUGGAUGGUCUCCGUCAACAUGGAUGGCCACAUCAACAUGGAAGGCUUCUGUCAUCAUGGUGGCCUUUGUUAACCUGGUGACCUCCAUCAAUGUGGUGGCCUCCAUCUGCCUGAUGGCCAGGCUAGGUUCACGGGCGGGGAAGAGGCAAGUCUCUUGCUUGAGGGUCAGGACUCAAUGAGCAGAUGCGUUGGAGAGGUGGGCAGAGGGCUGUAAAAUAGGUUGGUUUUUAAAAUAAUAUAUAUUAUCUGUCUAGGAACCAUAAAAAAGGGGGAAUCAAUUACAUCUCCCUAUGAUAUACUCUCACUUGCUAAUAAAAUGGGGACACUCUGUUAACCAGUUCUGUACUUGCUUUGUCUUAUAUAUCCAUACAUUUAAAACAAACAAAAAAAAGACUACUUGAAUUGUACUCUGUUUCGUGGUUUUGAGGGGAGGGCUAGGGGAGUCUCAAGAGAGGGAGGAUUUUAAUGUAUAAUCAUUUUGUUUGUUAUUACCUUGCAAUGUUGAGCCAUGACGCCUUUGUUUAAAAAAAUGGCACUGCAAUACACAACAAAGAAAAUCCUUUAUUUAUUUUAUUAAAUAUAUAUGGAAAAGAA